AUGCCGAAACCCUUCCAGCGGAUUCGUGAGGCCGCCAUAGACGGCCGCACCCAGAAUGUCUAUUACCGACAAAGCCAACUCGAGCGCUUGCGAAAUGUGCUUGUUCAGAAUGAGGAAGCGCUGCAGCAAGCCAUUGUUAAUGAUUCCGGCAAUAGCGUGACCGAAGCAAAGAUAGAAUAUGGCCUGGCAUUACUCGCUCUGAAAGAUCAAUAUGCUUCACUCAAUCCGGCCGCAGCGCUCGAGGAAGAAUACGCAAUAACACACGGCAAAGAUGCGCCGCAGAGGACAGAAGGAGCAGGAAUUGUCUAUAUUGUCCCGACAGCGCACACACUGCUUUACUCAAUAAUUGCACCCCUCUGCGCCGCAAUUGCUGCAGGGAACUGUGUGAUAGUCGAGCUCGAGCAAACAACCCGUGAAGUCCCUAGCCUGCUCCGCAGGCUUUUGGCUGCGGCACUCGACGUCGACACAUUUGAUAUUACCUCGAGCCGAACAGCAGACGCGGAAUUCCGCGCGCAAUGCCUCGAGGUUCUUCAAGAAGGUUCGCAAGACGUGCCCAAGUCUACACAGCUAGUCUCGCCAUCGCAAGCGCGCGUUGUUGCUGUAGUUGACCGCACAGCAAAUCUGGAAGAAGCCGCGAAGGCAAUUGUAACCGCAAGAUUCAGCUUCGGCGGCAAGUCACCGUAUGCGCCGGAUGUGGUGCUUGUCAAUGAGUUUUCGAAGAAGGCAUUCAUGACGGCCGUCGUGAAGGAAUCAAUUGAUUUAUUGACUACGGAGAACGGUUCUGUCGGAAAGGGGGACUCAAGGAGAAAACAAGAAGGCAGGAAACUGCUCGAUGAGGUUCGGGACAGUGAUCUCGCACGGAUUGUGACGACAGGGGCGAACGGGGCGAUAUUGGAUGUUGAGAAAAGGGGUUCAGAUAUCCUGCACAGGAAGAUCAAUGAGUGCUGUCUGGCUGUCCAUAGCGUCAAGAGCUUAGACGAUGCUAUAGACUUCGCAAACAGAAACGAUGAUCUGCUUGCAUCGUACACAUUCGCUACUCCCGCUACCGCCAAGUAUCUCAGCCAGUUUUUGCACUCAUACGUUUCCUUUGUAAACCACGUACCCAUGGAGAUGUUAGUCGGCCCCGCCGCUCCGCUUAACCACCCAGUAUCUUCAUCAAUCCGCUAUCCAGCCUCACUCUUUACCGUCCCCCGACCACAAUAUGUUACUCUCUCACCUCGAUCAAGUCUCAUCAAGCAGACUUUGCCAACCGCCAGCUCAGUCGUCUUGACACAGCUUCUAGAAGAAGCGAGAGCCGAUCUUUCCAUUGACAAGAAGCGGCCUGAACGCGUCGCAGUCGGCUUCUUCGAGCAAGGCAUCAUCACGGGACUGUCGUUUGUCCUUGUAUCGACGCUGGCGGGCUUGGGUACGCUGGGCUAUUUCGGCACCAGAAUGGUGAGGACGCGCUUCCUCUGA